UAUACAGCCAAAAGAAUGGAAAAUGUGUAACAAAGGGAAGUAACCGACUUUUACAGUUGAGUUGCGAUACGAUAUUAUUUGUCUACAUGUGUAAAUGUACACGAGUAUGGUGUGACUGUGACCUGAUUAUCCUUUGGCAUUUAACACGGGCUGUUUUACUUAGCUACAUACACUCGCUGUUGGACUAUGGCCCCUAACGCCCCACUGGCGGUGUUCUCGGUGUCGCUCCUUCCGUUCCCCCUGUCGUACGUGCUCAACACACAGUCCUGGGUCAAGGACCCCACCGUCAUUCUGGGGGUUGGGAUCGCCGUCCUGAUCCUCGUGCUGGGCGCCACAUAUAGCGUCGUCAGGCGGGUCAGGAAACCGGACUUCAUCUUGUAUUUUAUGAGCCUGUUUAUGUUCAGCAGUAUGAUCGAUCUGAUUAUCGCCUUUGAAGCAGACGGAAUUCUCUCCGAAUUCAUGGGAUUUUACCUCAAGGACGGAGAGCCAUACCUUUGGACGCCGUACGGCACGAUGAUUAACUACUGGGACGGCACGGUUCACUACGGGCUCUGUAUCUGGAUUCUGUACUGCGUGCAUAGAGGCUGGAGUUACCGGAAGGUGGGCCUGUACUGGUGCGGUUCCAUAACCAACAGCGUCAUUGUGCUGCUCCUAGGCAGUGUCUGCGGGAAAUUCGGUGUCAAGCCAGCAAUAUACCUCAACCUGAUUUACCUGGCCAUUCCAGUAUGGAUUGCCUUUAAAUUGUUACAACAACGACAAAAUGACUCUCGAGCAAUUACAGUUUCUAGCAAUGCCAACAUUUGGAAUCGGCCACUAGACUGUGUUUUCAUCGUUUACCUCCUUGGUGCAGUCGCUGUGGAUCUCUUUAGAGGAUUUAUCGCGCUAGGAUGUACUGAGGCGCUCAUGCAGGAAUACUUGUAUGACCACGAGCCAUACAUUAUGCAUCCUAUUGCUUACCCGAAAAUACAGAUGUUGGUCUAUAUGUACUACUUCGUGCCCUUCUACGUGUGUGCAAUAUACGGGUUACUGCGCCCAGGUCAAACCUGGUUAGGCGACUGGACCCUCAUUGUAGCGGGGGCAGCAGCACAGGGCCAGUUCUCACAUAUCGGGGCCUCCCUUCAUCCCCGCACAGAGCCCGAAUUCCACGUUCCAGCGCGUGAACACUCGAGGAAUAUCUUCUGGCUGCUCAACAUAGGGCUCUUCGUGCUACCACAUAUGUUUGCUUUCAAUAUAAAUCUGUGCAAUAGGAAUGCUUCUUCGACCUCUAGGAAACGGAACAUGGGGAAAAACAAUUAGAUAGAGAACUAAUCUAAGAAAUUGGAUGUUACUGUAGUAAAUGGCUAUAUUGCCUACGAACUUUCUUAAACGAUUGAUUCGUGCAUAUUUAGUAUUUGAUGUUAAAGAAAAAUGCUUAUAUAAUUGAUAUGCUCUCAUGAAAUAUGUGCAAGGAAUUAACUAGUGCCUACACAUUAUGCGCGGAGGCAUUUUAGAAAAGUACCAAGGUCAUCAUUUGGAAUGGUGUGUUCUGAAAGUGUCAAAUCUUUAAUUGGAAUAUAUAAUUAUGUAUUUUUUUAGCCCACAACGCAAUAAUUGGUUCAAUUUUCAUUUGCUUUUUGAUAAAACGUUUUAUUUGGGUUGGAAUGUUAUAUUUGUAUUAUUGAUAAAAUAUACUGUAGCUAUAUUGUGCUUUGGGAAAGGGUCUGAUAUUCCAAACCACGAAUACAGUAGAAAAAACAUUUGUCUAUUUUUCCCGAUUUUGUUAGUUUCUUAUUAAUAUUCAUGAAUAUAAAAAUGAGAUAAAUAUAUAAUUUGGUCUUUAAAAUAAAGCACAAUAUGUA